AGUAUCCUCAGUGCGCAUGGCACACUAGGCAACAGGGCUGCACUCAAGGCUGCAAUGUAAAUCCACUGUUAUCUAAAGGACUACCUCAACAAGGACGCACGGAGACACUGCUUUCCUUCAACAUCUCAUCUAAUCUUCUACAUUGGCUUGUGGUGGGAUGCUGUAUAGUCUCUGAUUUGUAGCGUGGAAUAAUCUCACCAUAAUGUGCCACUAUGCCACAAAGCUGCACACUUCUCCAGACAAACAAAGCCAGCCUGCAGAGGAGGAUAUAGAUGACUUUAUCUGAGAGCAGGAUGUUUUUUGUUUUUUUCCUGCAGCAUAUAAAUCUCUAACUUAACGAGCAUCAUUGUGCGUGUUUUUUGUUUUUUUUGCAUGGGAACAUUUUGGUGCAGGGGACCCAGAAAAGGAUACUACUACUGCUGCUGCUGCUGCAUGCUUGCAUUUACACAAGCGAUGGAUUUUUGAAGCUGCAGUCCACUUCACUUCACACCAACUGCAUUGGCACAAACUGUGUGUUAGAGAGAGGAAAAUGUACCUCAUCAUCAUGAGCAGCUCUCUCCACAGAUCCACAAGUGGUGCGUUUUUCUGCCUUUCAGAUACAAAAAAAAGAAGCACUUCACACACAACAAUAUGAAUGUGGGAUUUUUUUCUUAUAAUGGUCCUUUGGCUCCAGUGUUGAAGAUUUUUACAAACUUUUUAAGCGGCUUAUAGUUCAGGAGUGCAUCUUUGUUUCUGCAUUAGUGCCCAUGCACGGUGCAGACAGUAGAGUAUAGUGAGUGGAGUAUCCUCAGUGCGCAUGGCACACUAGGCAACAGGGCUGCACUCAAGGCUGCAAUGUAAAUCCACUGUUAUCUAAAGGACUACCUCAACAAGGACGCACGGAGACACUGCUGCUUUCCCUCAACCUCUCAUCUAAUCUCCUUCUUCUACAGUGGCACUGGGAUGCUGUAUAGUCUCCGAUUUGUAGCGAGGAGUGAUCUCACCAUAAUGUGCCACUAUAACAUCCACAAAGCUGCACACUUCUCCAGACAAACAAAGCGAGCCUGCGGAGGAGGAUAGAUGACUUUAUCUGAGAGCAGGAUGCUUUUUUUCUCUUUUCCUGCAGCACAUAAAUCUCUAUAACUUGUAGAAUCUCGAGCGUCGUUUUUUUGUUGCAUGGGAACAUUUUGGUGCAGAGGACCCAGAAGAGGAUACUACUACUGCUUGCUUGCUUGCAUUUACACAAACAAGCAAUGGAUUUUUGAAGCUGCAGUCCACUUCACUUCACACCAACUGCAUUGGCACAAAGAAAAUGUACCCAUCAUGAGACAGUGCGCUUUUUCUUAUGAACUCUCUCUCCAGAUCCACAAGUGGUGCGUUUUUCUGCCUUUUUAGAUUAAAAAAAAAAAAAGCACUUCACACACAACAACUAUACAAUGGGACAACGUGGUGGUGGAUAUGUUGCCUGUAGUGGAAGAAGAAGAAGAAGUGCAGUGACUUCCAGAGGACAACACCUGCAGCAGACGAGUGAGUGAGUGAGUGAAUGCCGUCUCCGAUGUGGAGCUUGUCGCUGUCCGUGGUGCUGAAAUUUGGAUGAUGAUGCCUCCUCCAGGCCAUCGACUGGACGGCUGCCGCUCGCUGCACCUCAACGAGGACAACGGCCGCUUCGCGCUGCUCGCCGCGCUCAUCGUGCUCUACCUGCUGUGCGGCGCUGCGGUCUUCUCGGCCAUCGAGAGGCCGUCGGAGCUGCGGGCUCACGGCCGCUGGCACGGGACGCUGCGAAACUUCAGCGAGACCUUCAACAUCAGCCUGCGGGACCUCAACUCCUUCCUGCGGGAGUACGAGGCUGCCAUCGCCGCCGGGAUCCGGGCGGACGCGCUGAGGCCACGAUGGGAUUUUACAGGGGCUUUUUAUUUUGUUGGAACUGUGGUGUCGACUAUAGGUUUUGGGAUGACAACGCCUGUGACAGUCGCAGGCAAGGUGUUCCUGAUCUUUUACGGGCUUCUGGGCUGUGCCGCCACCAUCCUCUUCUUUAACCUCUUCCUGGAGCGCAUCAUCACUCUGCUGGCCGUGGUGAUGAAGGCCGUGAGGGAGCGGCGAAUCAGGAACAGUGGUAUCCUCCCGCCGGGCAUUCGCCACGAUUUCUCAGCCUACUCCCUCCCCGGCUGGAAACCCUCCGUGUACCACGUGAUGCUGAUCCUCGGCCUGUCAGCCAUCACCAUCUCCUGCUGUGCGUCAGCCAUGUACACCCCCGUGGAGGGCUGGGCUUACUUAGACUCGCUCUACUUCUGCUUCGUCACCUUCAGCACCAUCGGAUUUGGGGAUUUUGUCAGCAGCCAGGGCGCGGCUUACGAAUACCAGAGCCUCUACAGGGUGGCCAACUUCCUCUUCAUGCUAAUGGGAGUGUGCUGCAUCUACUCGCUCUUCAACGUCAUCUCUAUCGUCAUCAAGCAGGUGCUCAACUGGAUUCUGGAGAAAAUGAGUUGCUUGUUUUGCCAGCGCUGCAAUAAGCCCGGCGUCCUCCUGGGCAGACGCAACGCCAUCCGCCCGGGCUCCAAAGCCAAGGGUCGCCAGGGUCGGCUCGGCUAUCCGCCCGACUCAGAUGGACCUUGUGAUAGUGAUACCGAGGGACGCAGACUAUCAGGGGAGAUGAUCUCUAUGAAAGACCUGGCUGCCUCUAACAAGGUGUCUCUGGCCAUCAUGCAGAAGCAGCUAUCCGAGUCGGCCAACGGGUAUCCCAGGACAGUCUGCGGCAGCUCACGCCAUAAUGGUUUCUCUGGGGGAGUUGGCGCACUCGGUAUCAUGAACAACAGGCUGGCAGAGACGAGUAACUCCAGGUAGAGGACACAGUGAGACAGGAAGUAUGGGAGCGUGUAACCAACCCUUGAUCGCCAUGGAAAAAAUACUUUUGAGAUGUAACUUGUUAUGCAUGAUACAUAUGAUUUUUUUUGGAUACUUUUUGUUGGAAUUACAAGCCUGUGGUGAUAAUACAGGUAAUGACGGUGAUGGUUUUAGCGAUGAUGGCAUGAAGAGAGAACCACAGAAGUUGAUCUGGAAGCGUGGGAACCAUCCAUCAGCCAUUACAUUACACCUCAAACCCAGAACAAAUCACUGAUAUGUCAGUUAGUCUGCAGAGGUUUGUUAUAUACACGCUCAGUAUAUCAGACUCACACGACUGCUGCAAAGGAGCCAAGGGAAGCAUACAAUGCAAUCUUCAUUGUUUUGGGCGUUUAUUUGAAUGUACAUAUUGAAUGAUGAUAUAUAACAAGACGAGCGUAUUCACUGGAUGACAUAGCACACACUGAUCUAUGCAUUAUAUUUCUCACGCAUUGUUUGCACCAUUUCUAGUCCUUCCAUUGAUUGUGCAAACCCUCAUUUCUGUCUUGACACGAGUCAAGUUUUACCCUCAGGUGAUUGAUUUCAUAUCUGGGGGCGAGUGCGGGAAGUAGCUAAGCACGGCUGUGAUGUAGCUGAUUUCGACCGUGCUGUAGUGCGCCACACUAACGGGCUUUAAGAAGUAAUUUCCUAUUGCUCAAGAUGGAGAGUUGAAGAAUGAAAAAUCCAUUUCUUGUGAGAGAGGAACCUUCUUAUCAGCUCAGAAAAUGCUUCGGCGGCCAAAGACUUUGACUUGAAGGGUAAAAGAAGGCACCACCCAACUCUCUCUCUCUCUCUCUCUCUUCUUUUUCAAGCUUAACAGCUGUCUGCGAGGAAAACAAACGAUAAAGGCUUGCAAUGUAUUAAUUACUCUUUGAAUGCAAAAUGUAGACUUAUGUAUUUGUAAAAAAAAAACAGAAUAAAUGAGAAGGAAGUUUAUGCUUGUUUGAAGUGGAAUAUAAGGGAGAGGAGGGAGAAGUGGAGGACGGUUUUAUCCCGUUGGGACAUUAUGUCAAAUGAUGCAGAUUACAAAAGUAGCCGGGUCAAUAUCAGAUGCUGGAGUGGAAAACAAAAGCCUAAAGGAUUCUGUCGCUUGCAUUGAUUUAUUUUUUUUGUGGGGACGUUCUGUUUUCAUCCAGGGAGACUCUUCUUUGCAGAUUUCUCUUUUAUGAAACAAAGCGUGAUCCAAAAGCCCGCAGAGGUUGAUUUUCCUCAAUUUCAGCGUAGCCGAGGUUUGGAUGGAGGGUGUUUGCGGAGGAUGCGGUGCCACCACUCAAUGUCCUAGUUGCUAUCUCUUCCAGGGCAUCUGUGAUUUAAAGCCGUGUGUGAUGUGUAUUUGAUGAGGAGGAGACGUUGAUAGUCAACCUGUCUGGGAGACGGUGAUGAAGGAAGAGCACUAGAGAGAGAGGCUGGUGACAGCAGUAGUGGUGUCAAAUUCAUGCCCCAAUCCAUAUAAAUGGCCUCUCUCAGCCAAGGGCUUAACUUUUCCUGGCGUCCAUCUACAACAUCUAAUAUCCUCCCAGGCCUAUACUCACCUCUUAUUCUCUGUCAUCUCUGCAUUCGCUUCACACACACUGCACCAAAACCCUCCUGCCUCCUGUUUCCCGCAGAUCUCGGCUCUCUCCUCACGCUCAUCACCCUUACACUGUGAAUAUGAUGAGACAUAUAAAUGUAUAUAUAUAUAUAGAAAUAUAUAGAAUGUCUUAAAAAGCGCUUUUCCAAUAAGGCGUGAAGUGGAUCUGGAUCCCUUGUUGAUUUUUCAUCCUGUUCGUGCAUAGAUCUGAAUAAUUUCCUUUACUCCCCAGUCUCACCGAGAGGAAUAGAGAAAAUGACUCAGGUAGUUAAAUCUUCAGGCUUGUCUUAGUUUUUUCCUGCAUGCCAUUAUGGUAAAGCCAUACAAGAUAGCUGUAUAUAAAACAGAGGACUCUUUAAAGUCUAUUUUUCUACAUAUAGCUUUCAAAUAUAUACAUGUGAAUGAUUGAAUUAGUCACUGUCUCAUGUCUCUUACACAGUCAGUCAGAACUUAACUACCCUCUAAAAACAUGGAUACUAGGGUUACAAAUGUUAAAGAGGAGUUUGAUGUUUUGGAAAAUAUGCAUACUGGUAUUCGCUUUCUUGCGGAAAGUUAGAUGAGAAGAUUGAAACUAAUCUCAGAUCUGUAUUAAAGGGAUAGUUUGAAGUGGGGUUGUAUGAGGAACUUAUCCAUAGU